UCUGACACAACCUAAUUCUCACAUUCUUCCCAGAACAACAGCUUGACUUAUCAAAAUUGUAUAUUAUAUUUCUCAAAAAUCAAGAUGAAUUAUCUGAUUCAACGCGGAAAGAUGCGCCAACAGGCGAUUAAUGUACCGGAAGGUCUGCCGGAACUUCUUUCUGAUAUCACACGGGAGGUUCUACGAUGUCAGCCGAGGAAGGAGUGCCUCUGCCAGUUCAUCAUCGACUAUUUGCACUCUGUAAUUGUGACCAGGGAGAAGGCUCUGGUGGCCAAGACCAUUUUGGACAGGGCUCUACGGCAGGUGGACAGCAUAAUUUCGGACCUCUGUGUCUGCGAUCUGUCCAAGGAAAAGUCCGAGUUGAUGGGCCAGGUUCUGGAGGACUGUUUCCGCAACUUCCUAGAGAAACGGCGCUGCGAGAUGCGGCGCGGUAAGCAGACCAUCAACUUCGAGGACGUGGACAUCCUGGAGGAGCUGCUGGUGAAGUGCAAGUUCUCCGACGAGGAGCUCAUCAUGUCUCGGCCGGCCAUCGAGAGUGCCUACAAGCGCUUCAUGGAGGCCUAUAUGUCAGCGGAACGUGGCGCCGAUGGAACGGAGCUGCUCUACCAGUACUUCCGAGAUCGUGAGCUGAAGCGGAUUAAUGAGGCGAUGCGCCAACAGGCGGCCAUCACCAUUCAGGCUGCCUGGCGCGGUUUUUGGGUCCGCCACCAGUUUCCCCAGGAAGUGUGCGUCUGCGUCUGCGCGGCUGAAAAGGAGGACGACGAGGAGGAGAUGCGCAAGCAAGCGGCUGCAAGCGUUCUUCAACGAUUCUUCCGCAAGGUCAUGUUGCGCGUUGCCACUAAACCCAUUGCAGAUCCUUGUGCGGAGCCCACGGAUGCCACGGAUGCCACGGAACCCACGGCUGCGACAACGGAAGUAUCCAAGAGUGCCUAUGAUGAUAUCACUGUUGCGACCACGGCGGUGGGAACUGCUGCGGGAACUGCUGCCUCGAGUGCUCCGGCUACUGCUCCGGCAACUGCUCCGGCUUCUGCUCCGGCUUCUGCUCCGGCUACUGCUCCGGCUACUGCUCCGGCAACUGCUCCAGCAACUGCUCCUGGAACUGCUCCGGCCACAGCUCGACCCUCGGACGCCGCCUUGGCAGAGCCAGCGGAACAGGCAGCUGAAGCUCCUCCACCGGAAGCGGCAGAACCAGCAGAAGCUCCUGCAGAAGAAGCACCACCUGCUGAACCCGAAGAGGCUGCUCCUCCACCCGCAGAAGAGGCUGCUCCACCAGCCGCCGAGGAGGCUGCACCACCUCCUGCAGAAGAGGUUGCCCCACCAGCCGCUGAAGAACCAGCUCCACCUCCACCCGCCGAGGAGGCCGCACCCCCAGCUGAAGAGGCUCCCGCCGAAGAAGCCGCCGAGUAGAUGUAACCAUUUAAGCUUUAUUAGUUUUCCCUUAGUUGUUAAAUAGAUUUUUCCUGCAUAUAAGUAAAGCAAUGUGAAGAAU